AUGUCUCAGCUCUCCGAAGUCUACCUAUCGUCUAGCUUCGAAACUCCAGACGGGGUGCCAUUAGACGCGCUCCAAUUCCUCCUUCCUGACGAUUCCCUCUCCCAACGCAAAAGCCAGAGUCACUUCCAAUCUGAGAGCCAGUUUGCUUCAACCCUUGACCUUCCGGAUAACCGAGUUCAAAUUCGUGUGGCAUCUCAAGCCCCAGAUACCCUUCCGCGAAUGAGGCCCGACCGCAUUAACGAGUUUAUUAUCUGCACACCAGCGAUGUCUGCAGAAUUCGUUCAGUGGUGGCUUCACACUAACUAUGGUAAGUCGAAGCGGAUUAAUUGGGAUAUAAGCCCUGGAAGCCGUUGUGCAAAGUGCUGGGAAGGGUUUCAUCAAGUUGCAAAUGCCAAAGAUGGAAAGCCAGGGGUUAUGUGUAAUCACUGCUGUACAGUUCUCGCGCAUCCAGCUACGAACCAUACUGGAACAUCGACAAUGCAGAAACAUCUCGAUGGACCAAGGUGCCGACAGCGACUACUGGAGAAGGGUAAUGGUAGUAUCCAUCAACUACUUAGUAACGCGGUAAGUUCGAACUAA